AUGCAACGUCUCGGAGGUCGCGUUAUCUACAUGGACGAAACGAGCUUCCCCGUCACGAAGGGCGAGACCCUCGAGGACAGCAUCCUCGUGAUGGCUGGCUGCUCGGACGUGGUAGUGCUGCGAUAUCCGGAAUCGGGAGCGGUCUCGAAGGCGGCCCACAUCUGCCGAAAACCGUUGAUCAACGCCGGCGACGGUAUCGGGGAACAUCCCACGCAAGCCCUGCUGGACAUCUUCACCAUCAGGAAGGAAAUCGGAACGGAAUGUACGAAGAGUUUGGACAUGCCGGAGAACAUUACGAAGCUGGUCGAGGCACGUUCGUGA